AUGUCUGCUGAGGAGAAACUUUCUCUUGGAGCUGCUAUAUUGACUCAUGGGAUUAUAAUCGCCAAGAAUCCAACAAUAAAGGUGCCGCGAGAGAGUCUGCAAAUGUUUUCGAAUUUAGAUAGUUACUCUGUGAGACCUUGGGGGAAGAUGGGAUACGUGGUCCUAUCUGCUAGUAUACGGAGGAUGAAAGCAAAAACAUUUGCAAAACCUAUGUAUGAAGUGCAAGGAUUCGUAUGUGCAAUCACGUUGUGGGCUUUGUCGGCUGUGCCAGCGCUAGGUACUACAUUUGGGAGUCAAUUUGAUUCAAGCUCGUCUACAGGCCCAUUGUGUUUACAGUGGAAAGCCACUUGGACUCCUAAUAUUUCAGAAGUUUUGAAUGUGCACUAUCAACGGGAUGUUAUAAUCAAUACUGUUAUUGGGGAUCCAGAGGAAUAUAAAAAUCUGGUUCCACCGACAAAUCCCAUUGACAAAGACUUUGCAACGGUGGUGCAACUUGUAAUGCAAGGCUAUAGGUUAAGCAGAUCCGAGUGGAUAGAGGGAAAAUUAGAUGGUGUUUUAGCAUCUGAACAAAUUCGGACAAAACAUAACAGACGAGCGGAGCUUAGUAGAACAACACGUGAGGCUCCUCUCGUGACUGACAGUGACAAAAUUGACAAGAUGAUGGAGAUGCUUAAAACCUUGAUUGGCAAAGUGGAGACCAUAGAGGCUUUAGUGGGGAUUAGGCAGCAUAGAAAAAAAGAUCCUAUAGAUGGUGAGGAUAACAAUGAUCCAAAAGAUCCUGAAGAUGGUGAGGAUAACAAUGAUGGAAAAGAUCCUGAAGAUGGUCAGGACAACAAUGCUGCAAAAGAUCCUGGAGAUGAUGUUAUUGAUAUUAGCGAUAGAGAAGGUAAUGUUGGAGAUCAUGAUGAGGAUAAGAAUGAUACAAAUGGUAAUGAUGGAGAUCGUACUAGCAAUGUUGAUGCGCCUAUUGAUAUCAGCGAUAUUGAUGAAAAUCAUGGUGGCGACGGUGAGGCUACCAAUAUUGUUGUUGAAAAUCCCAAAGAUGAUGAAGGUGAUGAAAGUCAUGAUUCCAACCACCAUGGAUUUGCUUUGCGACCACCACUGACAGAUGAAGAUGUUACCGUUCAGUUGGAACAAGGUGGAGCUCAUCCAAUAUUCCAUCCGUUCCAGCCAUAUCUUCUAUCAAGGAAAUCAAGAUUGGAUGAAUGGAAGAAUGCAACUAACCAGAAGAUCUUGAAAGAUUUUCUUGGACAUGAAGUAAAUGGUGAUUGGUUUUUAAACCUCCAGACACCAGGAACUGUAAUGACUAGACAGAAGUGGUACAACUAUGACAACAAAAGCAUUGAAGGCUACAUCAAUGGUACAUUGCCGGAUAUUGGCAAUACAGGGAAAAAGAUGAUUAAAGACACAGACUAUGUCUAUGCGCCAAAAUGUUGGCAUGACAAACAGUGGGUUGCCGUGAUAUUUGACUUGAAGAUAGGGUCGAUAAGCAAUUUCCAGGACACAGGUUUAUAUACUUUCAAGUUCAUAGAGUGCCAUGCGAGUAUGAUGACAGACAUGUCUAGUCUCUGCCUUGCAAAUAUUGAACAACUGAGAUUUAAGCUGGCGGUUGACUUAUUUUGCGAGGUAUUUGAUGGACCUUCUUCAGAUAACCAACUCAACGAUGCAGCUGCAGAUGAGUUACCACUUGAGUCGCCUAGUGAGAGCAAAAAGUCAAAGAGAAAACUGAAAGGGGAUGAUUGUAGAAGCUCUAUGAGAAACAAAAAGGCUAGAGUAUGA